UUCCAAAUUAGACUUCCAAUGGGAGACGACAUCUUCUCAGUUAAGGUUUUUUUUUCCCGUCUUAGAAGUUAGAACUUCUCAGCCAAGUCUUCACCAAGUUGUUUUUGUCAACUUACCGGCUAAGUAAUGCCACUUCCACUAUAUUAGACGAGAUACGAAUUUCUCCUUGGUAGAGAGAAAGGGGCUGAUCGUUCACACACAAGUUUGUAAUAUGGCACAAGAAUCAACCUCUGAUCUUAUGUUUGUGGAUGAUUUUUACUUCUCGUUACUCUUUGAUGAAGAAGAAGAAGAGAUUUUGCCUGUGUCGGAUGCCAAGUAUGCGGAAGGGUUGCAGUUCCAAGAGGGUGUGAUGGGCGACCUCAUCACUUCUCAAAUGGCAAACACCGGGGCCUCGUCAUCGCCGACAAUCCAAGCAAUUCAUCCGACCCCCAACCCAGAGCACGAGGAGGCAACAAAAGAAGCCGGAGAAUCAUCGCAUUGCUUCUGCGACAUUUGCGUGGAGAGGAAAGACGACGACCAGAUGUUCAGAAACGAGGGAUGCGUUCACUCUUUUUGUUCUGACUGUAUUAUCAAACAUGUUUCCACAAAGAUCCAAGAUGGCAUAACCGUUGUUUCUUGCCCCGGGUUGGAAUGCGAGGGUGUCCUGGAAUUCGAUGAUUGUAGGCCAAUGCUUCCCAAAGAAGUGCUGGAAAGGUGGGACGAGGAGCUAUGCAGAGCGCUGUUUGCAUCUGAGAUGAUGUUUUACUGUCCUUUCAAGGACUGCUCUGCCAUGUUGGUGAAUGAUAACGGGGGAGGAGAUGUGAUUAGAGAGUCGGAGUGUCCAUUCUGCCAUAGAUUGUUCUGCGCACAGUGUCAAGUCCCCUGGCAUCCAGGGGUAGAAUGUGAAGAGUUUCAGAUACUAAAUGAGAGUGAGCGAGGAAGAGAUGAUCUCAUGCUGAGGGAGCUUGCUCAUGAGAAGAAAUGGAAGAGGUGUCCCAAUUGCAAAUACUUUGUGGAAAAGACUGAAGGUUGUUUACACAUGACUUGCAGGUGUGCAUUCCAGUUCUGCUAUGGAUGUGGAGCAGCAUGGAGAAGCGAUCAUGGUGGUUGCCAGUGAGAGGAUGUUGUUCUAAAAAAAAGUGGUUAUAUUAGUAUGGAUAUGUCCAGUACUCUUUUAUGUUGAUGGAUCUUAAUAUUGACAGGAAAUGUUUGUACUGGUGUCAGGAUGUUUAUUUUGCAAGACAUUAUUAUGGUUUGUAUAUGCCUUCUGCGAUGCACAAAAGUGCCCAGUCAUUCAUAUGAGGAGGACUUGAGCAGUAUCAAUCAGUAAAAUUAGCAGAUUCAUGUCAAGGAAACAUGAAAUGUCUCCUACUGUUUGUUUGUACGAGUAGAGUGUUCAAAUUUUGCUUU